AUGAGGUCGAUUGUAGACUCGAUCCGGAAUCCCCCUAGUCCCGCAGUACACCGCGCACCCCCAACUGCGAACCUGAGUCCCAUUGAUCCCCGAAUGCCCCCAAAUCUCAUCCCCGGUAGCCCUGGCAGGGCUUCACCCACUCAUGCCAAACCUUCACCCCCGGGUCUGCCUGCUUCGAAACCCGUCACACCUCCCAGUCGCGAAGGCCGAGAGCCCGCCCGGAGCCCCCAACCGCCCAAAUUUUCUAUCCGCAACAUUGCCAACCAAGUUAACGAUACCUCAUUUUCUGAGUUUAAGGAGUAUAAUCAGCGUUAUGAGAGCCUGAUCCAACUCGCCGCAGAGAGUGUCAAACCAUUGAUGGAAACAUCCCUAGCAGAAUGGAUCCGCGCUGCAGUGUGGUGGUUCCUGCGAGGCAAGACUCGCUUAGAAGCCUACGCUCGUUCGCGUGCAACAUUAUCGCCCAGCUUCGCCAAGCAGGCCGUCAUUGAUCUUGGAAAGGCCUUGUGGAUUAACGAAAAUAUUGUGCCUAGCCAUCCUGAGCUGGCCCGCUACGGAGCCAUGAGCGUUGACGCUCUCCACGCCGUUGCAAGCACCACAGGCGAUAAGGAAACGGUUGAUUUACUUAGUUUACAUCAAACUACCCUCAACCAUCUUCGCUCGCUUUCCAUGUCCAUCAAACGCAACAAUAUUAUUACCUCGAUUGUCUCAGAUGAAGGUUCUCCUACUCAGCUGGACACUAGUAUCUGGCUGCGCUAUCCUUUCUAUGCGCCCGACGUAUCGGCCGUUUUGUCUGGCGCAGCAACGAGAUCAAUGUUGGUCGACAAUGCGGGCAAAACACCAAGCCUGGUUCACAUGAUGCCUUUGGGCGACACCAGUCGCUACUUCAGCUAUGGUAGCAUGUUUGUGCAAGUCUGCGUGAGCUCCAGUGACGAUGACGGACAACAGCAAUAUGCCAUGCCCUGCGCAUUGACGAUCGUCCGUGAACGAGUGGAUUGGUAUGUCUUUGCGGCUAUCACCAGCCAAAGUCAGCUAGUCAACAUCUUGAUUCAAUCCGAUCGCAAACAGGGUCCCACGUGGGAGGAUGUGGACUGGCAAGUUCGGUCCCAUUCUAUGCGAGUCAAGCUUCCCAGGGGAUUCGAGUUGGAUGUCAUGUUUAAAGAAGAUGAUUUCAAGACUCUUUGGAAUAUUGUCAAAUAUACCCAGAAGUCGGAGAACAGUCUUCAUCCCGAGGCAGGUGAAAGCCUUGUCUUCGAGAACACAGUCAAGGUCUUCCAAUACAUGGAUCCUAGUACACAAAAGGCAUUCCCUCCCGACCCCGUGGAAAGAUGUCGCGUGCGCUUAUUCGAGCGCUCCGUUACCGUCACAGAAGGAACAGGGACCCGCAACGCCCACCGUGGAUUCCGAUUGGCAGUUCUUACCAAUCCUAGAGUGAAGACUCUGAGUAGUAUUCGCCAUAUUCUAGGCAACGGGUCGCCGGUUGUGUUUGGUCUUUUGCGAGGCGAGGACGGUGCCCCUGCUCUUCUUCUCAAAGUUACUGAGGACGGCCGUACAAGGUCAAUGCUCAUGACUUUCCAUGAGAUCGAAGAGCGCACGCAAAUGCACUCCGUAUUGCUUGGCAUGGCUCCACGCAAUGGCGAAAUUAAGUCGCCCGAGUUUGCCCUUAAAUCCUACUGUAUUGAACAGCCUGAAGAUCACUUCAGUGGCCGGCCGCCUGUCAAGCAUCUAGAGUUCCCGGCUGGAAGUGUGUUUGUCAUUGACCAAGAGCAUGACUAUGUUGAUCAUGGCUAUGGUCCGACGAUUCUUUCGGAGAAUUUGAGGGCAUUUGUCUCGACUGAGUGGGGCUCUGUUACCGAUCGUAUCAACUUGGGGCCUGGUGAAUUGAAAGUCGGCUUGGACGUUCACCGUUCAACUAGCAUGAGCUUGUUCCGCGGCGCGCAGCAGGAUUUGACUCUUUCACUUGCGGAUAACCUCAUUGCCCCCGAGCUCCCAGGAAAGUUGGCAGGCUUCCUUGAGAAGAUCACAGCUAAGCCCAUGGUUCGCCGACUGGAGUUCCCCACAAUGCAGGAUCUGCAUGCAUUCGAGGCUGCCGUCACAGGCUUCCAGGUGUUGUAUGAUGGCGUGGCUACGUCUUUCACUAUUUCCCGUCGACGCAGCAUGGUUCCCAUAUAUAAAAAAUGGGAAGCAUCCCAAGCUCGAGUGCAGAUCGUGCGACAAGAAAAAGUCGUUCAAUUGCUUGCUUUCUUCGGGGAAUUCCAGCACGGUACCUGCAUGAACUUUGUCCUCAAGGGCACUGAUAUUAUGGAGUCAUUUGGCCGGUCUGGCAAGUUUGGCAUCCGUAUGGUCGAUGCCAAAUUUGCUCUCCCAAAGAAGGAUGACGACCCUGCCUCCAACUUUGUGUGCCUUGAUAUGCCGGAGUAUCCAAUUGAACACGAUGAUAUUACCAUCACGUUCGAUUCUGAAGCUACCCGUGCGAUUUUCAAGGCAGCUCUGCCUGGAUCAGUGCGAGAGCCAUCUCGCAUGGGCUCCAUUCGCCGAUAA